AUGCGUCCUCCAACCAGUCGACCCGCUGACAAUGGGCCCCCAAUCCGAGUCGCCAUCAUCGGCACCGGCCUGGCCGGUCUGACGACCGCUCACCUCCUGCAGAGCGACGACCAAAAUCGUUAUGCUGUAACCCUCUUCGAACAGGCCAACGGCCUCUCGUUCGACUCGGCCUCGGUCGCCGUCCGCAAUGAAGCCACCGCCACCGUCGAGCGCAUCGACCUCCCCAUGCGCGCCAGCGCCGGCGGCUACUACGACAACCUCAUGCGCAUGUAUGCCCACCUCGGCGUCCCCCUGCACCCGGUACGCUUUCUCUUCGUCUUUGCCCGCGCCCUGGCCGACUCGGCGGCCGCUGCCGCCGCCGCCGUCACGACCUCUGGAGAGCGAACUCAGAAGCAGCAGCCCGUCGGCGCUGCUCCGGGCACCUACUUUGUCCACGCUUCCAACCUUCACCAGACGCCCCCUCCACGUCCCGCCCGUCACAGUCUCCUGCGUCACUUCCUCGAGAUCCUGUUCCUCAUCGUCUGCCAGCUCUGGUUCUCCCUCGCCUGCUUCCUCGUCCAGCCCAAGGAAGCCACGACGACCACCGGCACGGGCAGCACAGCCGAGUCCCUCGACGGCUACCUCCGGAGGAUAUGCAUCCCCCGCCGCUACGUCACCCACUACCUCCUGCCCCUCAUGGCCAGCGUCUCCACCUGCUCCCACGACGACAUGCUUGCCUUUCCUGCCAGCGAUGUCGUCAGCUACAAGUGCCGCUCCCAUGGCCAGCAGCAUUUUGCCGUCUGCGGUGGCGUCAGCCAGGUCCAGGGUCGCCUCGUUCGUGGCAUCAACGACGUGCGGCUCUCGACGCGGGUCCUCGCCGUCGAGCCGUGUGCCGACCGUGAAGCUGUUCUCGUCAGGUCGCAAAAGCUGGGCGGCACUGGCCGUGGCGAGGACGAGGCCCAGGAGGACGAGUUUGACCGUGUUGUGCUUGCCGUCUCGCCAGACGUUGCAGGCCGGCUAUUCAAGCCGCUGCGAUCCGCCGUCGAGAGGAUCCCCGUGAGACAGGUCGAGAGCUCGAUCCUCACGCAUGCGGCCGAGGCGGGCGGCGCACCGGCGCACACCGUCGUGGACGGCUACCAGGGCGUCAGGGGCUGCAUGCACCACGACGAGGGCGAAGCAUCGCCGUCGCAGGUCAUCACGCUGCGGACGGCGGUUCAGCAAGAUGGGGCGCCGACUCGGAGGGCGCUGCACGCCAUGCCCCAGCGGCGUCGUCGGUCAGCACGUGUCCGCUCAACCGCCGCUGCCGACGCGAAGCGCACCGCUGCACCACAGCCAGAAUUCACGAGGACGUUUGCGGAACGACAAAAAAACAGGCUUGUAGUGAAACAAAAUUAA